AUGGCCGACCAAAACCCGAUCCCACUAGUAGCAGCAUCGCUCAUCGCCCUCCUAGCCCUCACAGGCACUAUUGCAUCCAUACGGAACAAGACUCUCAGCCCGCCCAUGCUAAACCUUUCAGCAAACACAGCCCUGGCCCUCUCGCUACUCACCGCGCUCGCAGGCGCAAUCAUACACACGCAAAAAGGCCCAAAUACUCUCACUCCAACUGGGUUCACCUUCAGUAUUCUGUAUAUGCUUGGCUUUGCGUGGCUGCAGACUGAUCAGCCCUACGGCCUUAUAUUCGGGCUACUGGUGUCAUUUUGUAUGGUUGGUACCUCCAUGCUACGCACAGGAACUGCCCGAUUUCUGCCCGUGGAACGGAAUCGGUUUGCAAUUUUUGCGCUUGCGUGUUUUGGGGUUGAGAUUUUUGGGAUUGCAGUUCAUUUUUGGGUUGGGUUGGCGUGUUCAAUUUGUCUGGCAGUUUUCUCUGUAUUCAUGUAG